AUGGUGCAUAGGGAAUAUUACACACGACUAUAUGGGAAUAAGGAAGGAUUCGAUAAAAUUCACAAUGCUCUUGUUUCAUGUGUUACCGGUUCCGCACCACCUGAAAAGUGGAUGUGCUUCCCUGAAAUGGGCAAUCUUAUAGUAAGUGCAUAUGAUAUGGUGUGUAUCGAUCUGGCGAGAUAUGGUUUUUCGGAGACAUUUUUCUCACUUCGGAGUCGCCCACCUCAAGAUCCAUCCGGCUGCAUCAUUUGUAUUGGGUAUCUUAGAUCGCUCCUUUUUUUCCAAGUUUAUUUUAAAUUGGGAUGUCCUAUUCCAGCUACAUCAGUGAAAUGGAUGACACAUUCCGCAAAAGAGGCGGAAACUUGGCCGAAUCACUUUUUGGAAAGGAAGAAAGAGUUCACCAAAUUGUCGGAGCUUGAGAGAGAAUCAAAUAGGGAGAAGUCGAAAAAAGAACCAAUUUUAGAUUUAAGUAGUGACAAUUCUUUUGAUGCAUUUUAG